AUAUCUUUAUAUUUAUGAUCGCCUACCGUCUUCAUUAUUAUCUCAACUUGAGAAAGGGUAUAUAUAGGUACGGGUUUGCCGUGUGUGGUACCGCCCUAAAGCAGUACAUACAUACAUAUACAAAUAUCAUCCCUUAAAAGAGAUAUCACGUACAUGUAUUCACAAGCUCAAAACAUGGAUACUAGAGCUGGUGAUCGAGUGAUUCUUAGAUCAGAAAUCGAAGCGGUUCAGACGGUGCCACCAUCAAAGAUUACGGCUCCAAGAAAGGUGCGCCAAGUGUCAUGGUCACCGGCGGCGGCCAUGGGGUCGGACAACGUUUGGGGUUAUUGGGGAGGGUGUUUUCACAUGGUCCUUUACUACAAGAAGCACCAUCUGGGUGUGUCAGGAGAGGACUCUGGCUCGAUUCACGCAGGCUGGAUUAAGGAGUCUCUCGCCACAGCUCUCUCCCACCAACCCUUACUCUCUGGAAGGCUUCAAAAAUCAGAGAGAUCAAUAUUAGAAAAUGGUGACGGUGAUGAAGAAGGAGAAGUUGUUCAUGAAAUUGUUGCAAAUGAUGCCGGAGCCAGAUUGAUCGAGGCUCGACUUCCGGUGACUAUAUCGGAGUUUUUACUUGAUCUUGACUCUUCAUCGAAGAGCUAUAGUUCUAAAAAGGAGGCUGAGCUUGUCUUUUGGAAAGACGUUGAUGAAACAGAUCCUCGGUUUUGUCCUCUAUUUUAUGUUCAGGUGACAAAAUUUGUAUGUGGUGGAUACUCUUUCGGGAUAAGUUGUAGUCUUCUUUUGGUAGACCUUUUAUUCAAGGAAAAUUUUCUCAAAAAAUGGGCUGACAUCCACAAAAAUUUGGUGUCCAAAGAGAGGCCUUUGUUUUACCUCCCAAAUAUAAAAUACACUCCUGCGUCAGAUAUCACCGAUGUUAUUAGCUCUAGAGCUAGCCAAGACUCUGGUCAAACCAUCAUCUUUAAUGUCACAUAUUCAAAUGAAGACAACCCUAGUAUUACAACUACACUUGCAUUGCUUUGCGUUGAGGAGGCUGGGAACAAGCUUGGUACCAAAAUGGAUUUGGAGUUUUCCUUGUCUUACCACUCUUACGUGAAAGAGCCCAGCAAAAAUAAUAUGGUGAUGAAGCUAGAAAAAUGUUCAAAGUAUGAUCAACUUGCAUCUAAGAAAAAUCUAAGCCUCAAGAAUCGAAUCAAUAAUGCAAGUUGGGACGAUUUCGGAACCAAGGAGUUGGAAUUUCGUAAUGGGAAUGAGCCGCUUAGUGUUUCUAAUUGGAUUGGAUCCGUAACAAAAAGAUUUGUCGUGACAAUUCCAUAUUAUUAUGAUAAUCAUGGAAAUAUUUCUGGUGUAAAAGUGAUAGUUAAGAUGGAUUCUAAAUAAUUAGAAGCCAAUUAAAACUAAAUAAAUAAAUAUGUUAUUAUUAUGAUCA